AUGGGUAAAAAAGAUAACAAGAAGAAUAACGCAAGCACAUCUAAGCAGAUCGCAAAUAGAGAUAACUUCGCCAGACUUAAUUACCUAUACCAACUAAGUAACCACUUAAUAACAACACCAACAUCCAAAACAACCACAUCAUCCAACAACUCAAGUUUACAAUCGUUCCUAGCACGAGGGUAUGAUCGUAAUUUAGACCUACUAUCAAAACGUACAUUAAGUAAACUUUCACCAUCAAUGAAAAGAACAAUAUGUAAGAAAUGUCAUGUAAUGUUAAUACCAGGAUUGACAAUGUCAAUACAAAUGGAAAAUAAAUCAAAGCAACAAGAUGACAAAUGUGAUGUAUUGGUUAAUAAAUGUAUAACUUGUGGUGAAUGUAAACGAUUUCCUAUUGGAAAGGAUAGAAACUAUAAACCAUUUUUUGAACGAGGGUAUAAUGAGGAAACAGAGUCAAAUAAAAGAUAA